UUGUAAACAAACAUACUACUUGGCGUUUGUUGAGUUUGUAGUUGCGUGUUUUCUUCUCGUUUUCUGUCAGUUUAUCGUAAACUGCAGAAAUGAAUAGUGAAAAGGAGAAGAGGAAAUUUUAUUACUGUGCGUGCUUUACCACUGACAAUAUUUUUCUGGACGAGUACAAGGUCCAUGUUCGUUUUGUGUCGGAGCAGCAGUUCAGACUGGACUACGGUCCUGUGCUCCAGAGCUUGGGGUGUGUGACAGAGAAACAGUUUGAAGAUGUCCUGGUUAAGAUCUCUAAAGAAGUGGACAGACGAAAGAGUUUAGGAGUAACUUCUGCUGAACGAGCUGCUGCUAUAAAAGACAUUUACCAACCUCUGCACCCUCAUGUUUAUUACCUCCAGGAGUCUUUCCUUGCACAAAAAUUCAAGCACAUAGUGGAGUACUGCCGAGGCACCAAUGCAAGCCAAGAGGGCUUAUUGGAACUUUUAGAUGAAGUGCCAGGUCAAAGGAUUUAUCGUUUCCCUGUAUUUGAGAAACAUUUUUGUGAAGAGCUGCUUGAGGAGCUGGAGCACUUUGAGCAGUCUGCAGCACCCAAAGGAAGACCCAACACUAUGAACCACUAUGGGAUCCUCCUGAAUGAACUCGGUUUUGACCUGGGUUUCAUCACUCCUCUUCGUGAGCAAUACCUGCAUCCAAUCACCUCCCUCCUGUACCCAGACUGGGGAGGACACUGUCUGAACAGCCAAAAGGCCUUUGUGGUUAAAUAUGACAUGCAUGAGGAUCUUGAAUUGAGUUAUCAUUAUGAUAAUGCUGAAAUCACUCUCAAUGUUUCUUUGGGUAAAGCCUUUACAGAAGGCAACCUUUAUUUUGGCAAUAUGAGGCAGGUUCCUCUCAGUGAAUCCGAAUGUGUAGAGGUUGAACACAGAGUGGCUGAGGGCCUCCUGCACAGGGGCCAGCACAUGCACGGGGCCCUGCCCAUUUCCUCCGGACAACGCUGGAACCUCAUAAUUUGGAUGAGAGCUUCUCAAGUGCGCAAUAAACUGUGUCCAAUGUGCCAAAGGAGGCCCUCUUUGAUUGAAGGAGUGGAGUAUGCUGAUGGCUUCACCCAUCAGAAUGAUUCUCUGCUCAGUGCUUGUUGGUUGGCAUGAUUUACAGAAAAAAAGUAAACUAAAUGGCCUUUUUAUACAUG